CAAAGAUGUAAGCUUUAGCGGCCCUUAAUCCUGCCAACAACAAGAGCCGCCUGGACCAGCGGUCAGUCUCAUUACUGACACUAGUUCCUUAAUGUGUUAGAAAAUUCCCUUCAUAUUUUCAUCAUGGGUGAAUUUGAGGUGUCUACGAGGGACAGGGUGGUGGAACUUCUGAAUGCUGCUGCAUUUAUGCCAUCAGAGAAGGAAAAAAUUGCAAACCUUGCUCAGGUCCAAGAACUCAUCAUUCAUCAUAACCCGCAGCUGCUAGACUCUUUCUUUGAGGAAGUUGCUGCAUUUCAAAAUGAUAGAAACUCUGAUGUUCGCAAAUUUGUCGUUGGCUUUAUCGAAGAAGCAUGCAAAAAGGAUGUGGCUAUGUUGCCACGGUUGGUUCCCAAUAUCCAGUUGCUGCUCAGCGAUCAGGCAGUUGCUGUUGUGAAACGUGUCAUCCAGGCUGUUGCCCAGCUUCACCGGGCCACUCUUGCCUGGCUUUCAUCAGCUCGUUCUACAACUCCAGAAAUGGAGCAAGUUUGGCUUAUUAUCACAAUAAUUAAAACUACAAUUAUCACCAUGAUUGAUCAUGAUAAUGAUGGAGUGAGAACACAGGCUAUCAAGUUUCUAGAGGCACUGGUACUUCUGCAGACAUAUACAGAAUCUGACUCGGUAACACGUGAUGGAGAGUUCAAUUUGGAUCAGGUGCCUCUCACUCUCAAAGUUGCAAGACCCAGGAAACUGGAGGAGGAAGCAAGAAUGGUUCUGAAUAAACUGCUAGCUUUUCAAGGGUCUAUCCACAUCAGCUCGGUGAACCUAAUGACUUGCAUGUCUUCACUCACCAUUAUUGCUCGAGCACGGCCACAAUUCCUGGGCAAGAUUAUCAAUGCCCUAGAGAUUCUACAUGCCAAUCUGCCACCAACACUAACAAAGUCCCAAGUGAACAGUGUUAGGAAGCACCUGAAGAUACAGAUGUUAAACUUAUUGAAGCACCCAGCAUCCUAUGACUACCAUGAAAACAUUACUACAGUCCUCAAUGAUCUGGGAAUUACAGCAGCUGAGGUCAACAAAUCAAUGCCAACUAAAGAAAUGAUUCGUAAGAGAGUGAGAAGGGAUAAAAGAGGUGAGGAAGUGACUGAAUCCUCAAGUAAGAAGGCUCGAAUAGAAAAAGAAGAGAAGAAAAGCAAGACUGAGGAAGUUGUUGGGAAGAAUUCUGCUGUAGACAUUACCCAGCGGUGGUUAGUGGAAAAACUUACUGCAAAGACUGUAGCCAACUUGGUUAUGGUCACAAUGCUAAAUCUUCCUGAUGAGAUGCCAGCUUUGUUUAGUGUUGGGUACAGCCCCAUAACAGCAGCUGGAACACCAACACAGAUACAGCAUGUAGCUCGACUUAUAGCAUCCCAGUUGACUGCUGCAGGUGUGGGACCUGGGGUGGAGCAAACUGAGGAAGAUGAGGUGAAAGGCGGAUAUGACAGUGAUGAAGAGAGCAAGAUUUCACGAUUAGUGGGUGGCCAGGUGCAGACACAAGAAGACACAAUGCAGUCAGGGCCAGUGCUGGUUCCUGCAGGAGUGGCUGGUCGUGCGUCAAGACCUAAAGCGAAAACCAUGAAGUUGGAUGAGGUUACCAAACCAUUGUUUGCUGCCGGCAACAGUAAGAUGCAACGAUUACUUCUCCUUCGGCUAUUGCAGUGUGAUAAGAUGCUAUUUGACAGUGCAUCAAAGCACCGUACAAGAAUUCUAACCAUGCUGUCAGGAUGCAUGUCAUCCAAAGAAAGUGAAGAGCUUGAAGAUUUUAUUCUCGAGGACCUGCACAACCGUGCUGACCUUCUUUUCUCCUGGCUCUAUGCAGAAUAUUCACUAGAACAUGAUUUUUCACAUAUCAACAAAAUUUUCAAUACAGACAUUACAACAGCAAACAAGAAGGAAAAGAAGUACUCGGAUAUUAUCAGCAGUAUUGCAUUGAAAGUUCUAGCCAAAGAUUCGACAAAGGAGAGAGAUGAGUUUUUAUCACGGUUGUUCCUGGAAUGUCCAUAUGUACCAGAGGAUUUGAUCACUUCACUUGUGCGUGUAGGAAGUCAAGGUGCUGAAUCCAUACUUGUUAUUGCAAACAUAUUAAAAGAUACAGUCCAUUGGCGGCCCCUGUCGGCUAAACCUGCUCUUAAAACGCUCUCUCUUCUUGCAACGCAUGAUCAAGACUCUGUACGUGAUCGGGUAACCCCAAUACUUCUCGAGUUGUGUGAACAAGAUAGCCUGCGUACUGUUGUUACAGAAGCCGCUAUCAAGUACCUUAAGUACCUUUACCAAGAUGCCCCACCAGAGUCUCUGUGUACACACAAUUUAGGCAGACCAAACCAGCCCAGUGAAUGGACAGAGGCAACAGUUAAAGCUUGCCUGUAUAUUUACCUUGCUCUACUGCCUCUCAAUCAGACUUUAAUUCAUGACCUGGCUCAGGUGUAUGUGAAGACUGUGAAUGAGGCAAAACGGUCAAUACUGAGAUUGUUGGAAGGUCCUAUUCGACAUAUGGGUAUGGAUUCACCUCAGCUUUUGACACUGGUAGAGACUUGUCCUAAAGGUGGUGAGACACUUAUCACCAGAAUCAUCCACAUUCUCACAGAAAAAGCUCCCCCAAGUGAGGCUUUGGUGUACCGUGUCCGUGAGCUAUAUAAUCGCCGAGUGUCAGAUGUUCGAUUCCUUAUCCCUGUUUUGACAGGUCUUAGUAAAAAAGAGGUGAUUGCUGUUCUUCCCAAACUUAUUAAACUUAAUCCACAUGUUGUGAAAGAGGUGUUCAAUCGACUUUGGGGGGUGACACUGGAUACAGGAGCUUCUCCACUAACGCCUGUUGAUUUAUUGGUAUCUCUUCAUCUAAUUGAUAGUGAUAAAUGUGACGUAAAGACUGUUAUCAAAGCAACUGGAUUAUGCUUUGCUGAACGUAGCAUCUACACAGCUGAGGUGUUGGCAUUUGUUCUCCAACAACUGAUGGAACAGCCAAGCUUGCCAACAUUGUUUAUGAGAACUGUUAUUCAGACACUCACACAUUACCCAAAGUUGCUGGGCUUCAUAAUGAAUGUUUUGCAACGCCUAAUUGCACGACAGGUGUGGAAGCAGCGAAAAGUGUGGGAAGGCUUCAUAAAGUGUUGUCAGCGUGCUGGUACCCAGAGUUUCACAGUGUUGUUGCAGUUACCUCCAGCACAGCUUUCAGAUGUUUUCACAAGCGCUCCUGAUCUACAUACACGAUUGGUUUCACACAUUGCAACUCUUACCGAAAAUCAGAGAGCUCACAUACCAGUUAACUUGUUGGAAGUGAUUGAAGGUCACAAAUCCUCUGAGGAAUCUCAGUCCAUCCCAAUUGAGCCUUCACCUAACUCACAAGAGGUAGCUGCCUUUUCAGAGGAGCAUUGAAAGUAAUUUUGUAACAAGAAAUUAAAUUGUAGUACUCAUCAAUUAUACAUCCUCAUCAUAACAUGACACAUGGGAGCUAAGAGAGAUCAUGGAAUUUCUUUUAAAAUAAGAUAUGUGCAGUGUUAGGAUAUUUUAUUGAAGCAUUUAACCAUGAAUUACUCGUUCAGUUCCACAGAGACAACCACAGACAAAAUAUAGUGAACAAGAGGGUACGGCAUGAAAAAAAAUGGGGUAGGCCCAGUACAGACUGCUAGGGUGGGAGAGGUGAGGAACUUACCAGGCAUAGGCUAGUAGGUCCAUUGCAGUAUUCAAAAUUCUUGUCAGGUGAUUACUGUCUUGAUGCUGCAGGAUUAAUUCCCCUUGAUGCUGGUGAAAGGCUCUCGAUCUAGGGAAUUGGAUCUGUGCUCCGGUUCCCUGAAUUGAACCCGAAUACCUUCCAUAUCCCCCCACAUGCGGUGUAUAAUCCUACGAGUUUAGCGCUCCCCCAUUUUAAUAAUAAUGAAGGAUUAAUUUAACUACAAUCUCUAUAAUUAUAAAGCUGCUAUAAUUCUGGGAAAUAGUGAUGGUGGUAGCAAUCAAUUUACUUAACAGACAUUGCUACCACCAUUAUUUCAGAGAACUCAAGGAGCUUUAGUAUUAUCAUGGGAGAGAACUAAUUAUUAUUAUAAUCAAAAAGAAGCGCUAAGCUACAAGGGCUAUACAGCAGGGAGAGAACUAAACCUGUAGGGAUUAUCCUGCACAUGUGGAGGGGAAAAUGGAAGGCAUUCAAGCUCAAUUCAGGGAACUGGAGCACAUAUCCAAUUCCCUAGAUCAAGAGCCCCUCGCCAGCCUCAAGGAUCCUCCCUUGAGGGGUCAAGCCGUAUUAUGACCAGAUUACUUUUUCAUCACUAAGAUGCAGCAGUCACCUGAAGUUGGAAUUUUGGAGUAUUACUGAGGGCCUACUGGCCCAUGAGCAGUGGGUUCCUCAUCUUGGCUACCCUUGCAUGUCUGUACUAGCCCCACCACUUUUUUUUUUUUUUUUUCCUAUACCCUACCUAUUUAUGUACUCUACCUGAGCUUUUCUUUCAUAGAACUGGAGCUAUUUGUGGCCAAACGUUCUAUCUCUUACCCAUGGAAUCUCGUGUACAUUGAGGAACUACAUUACAUGGUAUGAAAAAGUCCAGCAGUCACUUUUUUUAGUACAAUACCCCUAAUAUAAUAAUACUAAAAUUAUUGCUUUAUAAUUAUCCUAGAUAAAUAUAUUUUUGGUCUUUUAUACAGUAUAAAUAAAACCAACUAUUG